UAGAGUACAUUUACUCUUUCUCUCAGAAAUAUUGUACUUUUUACUACACUACAUUUAUUUGACAGCUUUAGUGAAACAAUAUACAGUAAAGACAGAGACACUUCAAUUCACUGAAGCACACACCUGCACUGUGCUAGGUUCACUUUUGCCCUAGUUGACAAGAUUGUGGGUCUUUUUUUUUUAAGUGUCUAAUUUUUUCCCCUUUUCUGGUAGAUUUUAAUGAAGCUAUCAGGAGACGGUUGCAGAUUUGUAAAUGUUAGUUGUGUGCCCAGGCUCCAGUGGGUGAAGAAAGGAUCAGGGCAAAACCUGUCAACCUGACACUCCAGCACACCAAGAUGGAUCUUCAUUCUGGGGCAGGAUCAGGGAUAGACUGUUACCUGUGAAUCCCCUGUGCAUGGAUACACAACUUGAAUCAGCAGCAAAGACACGCCCCUACUACAAACAUAUAGAGAGGUGAACAAUGGAUCAGCUGUGAUGGAAGAAAAACAGGAAACAUCUACAGACAAAAAAAAAAUUUCCCAGUUGCUUAGGCUCAUGUACAAACCUCGCUGCAGGGAGGCGGAUUUUGCAGGUUUCUCAGAACUUCAGCAAAUAAAAUUGAAACUAUCAGUAUGGCAGGAGUCCAUUAGAGGCUGGUUCAGUCAGCACAGACAGCUGGUUCAUUACCUCUCUCUGCUCUGCUUCCUGCUCACCAUCGUCACUCUGCUCCUCACUCUCUGCUUGGUUCAGAUCACCUUGUUGUUCCAGUCACAGUCGACCCUGCAGGAAACCAAAGUCAGAGAUCUGACAAACAGACUGGAGAAGCUCAACCAGUCAUAUAACAUCCUGUUCUCCCAGUAUCCUGCUCUGAACCAGUACUGCCUCAUUAGCAAUGGCACCUCUGGAGAGCGUGAGUGCAGACCAUGUCCGGCCUCAUGGAUGCCUCAAGGAGAGAAAUGUUUCUUCUUCAGUCAGGACAGAGCUGAUUGGAUCAGCAGCCAGUACCGCUGCAUGGCAGUGGGAGGCGCUGUGGCCACAGUCAGGACAGAGGACGAACAGCUGUUUCUGUGGAAAACGGCCCACAGUCUGAGCCAGGGAGACUCAUACUGGCUCGGCCUGAGGAGCAGUAGUGCUGACGGGGGGUGGAAGUGGAGCGAUGGCUCCCUGGUGGAAAAGGGACCACAGUUUUGGGAGCGUGAGCCCGACCAAACAGCAGACAGCAUGGAGCUGUGUGGUCGACUCACUCCAGGAGAUUACAAGAAUAGCUGGUUCCCCUCCAGAUGCUCCAACCAGCUGAGGAGGAUCUGUGAGAGGAGACAAGCUGCUCUACAGUGAGAGGAGAGGACUGUGGGAUUGAUUGUCGUGAUCAUGACGACACGUCUCAAAUACAUGUAGCUCAACUAUUCAGUGGCCCUUGUGUAAAAAUGUCUUUAGUAUUAUCAAGGUCAGGAAUAACAUACAUCUUCUAUGGAGUAUAACCAUGUAUUAUAUCAUUAAACUACAUUUAUCAUAAUCUUCAUCAGUAAAAAUGUUUUAUGCUGCUUUAUGCUUCUAAAUUUAUCUGACAGACAGAUACUUUUGAGAUUAAGAUUGUAGACAGAAAAAAAAUAUAUUCAUCUGAGUUUUGUCUUUAAUCUGACAAUUCUGAGUUUAAAGAAAUCUAUAAAAAACCUGGCCCUUAUCCUCUUCCGUUAUACAUGUAACUGAAUAUUUUUCCACUGAUGCAUUAGUCCGCUUAUUUUAAUUAAGUUAAGAAUAUGAAAUCUUCUUCUAACUCUGUUUCUGACCUGUCACUAUUUUUGUGUACCACCAGUUAAGUUGUUUCACCUGCUUCACAUGUCCAGCAGGUGGAAGUGUUACCUUUUCAAACAUUACUGCAGCAUCAUAUAGCUGUUUCUUGAUAUAACAUUCAAAAGAGUCAGCCCUCAACAAAAAGACACAGAUGUUUG